AUAAGAAUUAUGGUGUAAAAUGUAUUCAAAAAGUAGAUUGCAAUUCGGGACAUUUGAGAGCAAUUUCUCAAUUCUUUUCACCACUUUCUUUCAAACCAAUUUACAAAAUGGCAUCAGGUAGUGAUCAAUUCAAUGAUUUACAUAUCAUUCAAGAACAUUUCAAAACUAUUUUCAUUGAUAAUGGUGUGAUUCCUCAUCUUUCUCAAGCUCUUUUCACACACGCCCAUUUUGCAGAGAUUUACUACAAGUCAUAUAAUUUUUUGAUGAAAUCAAACGGUCCUCUGCCAUUAGAUUGGAGAUCUUACAUUGCUAUUUUGGCUGCAUCAAGACAUAGUUGUAAAUAUUUAGUGAGAAGACUUGAAGUAGAAUUUUUACUAAAUGGUGGAAAUGAGGAGUGGUUGAAAGGAAUCGAGUUUAUUCCACAAAAGCUGAAAAAGUUAUUGAAAUUCAAUUCACUACUUUGCCACAUGCCAUGGAUGCUUAAUGAAGAUAGCAUCUCUGAAUUAGUAAGCAAUAAUGGUGUUGGAGAAAAUGCAUGGACUAUGGCCGAGCUAGUUCAUGCUGUAAUAAUAAUGACUCAUUUCCAUGCACUGUCGGGAUUCAUUUAUGGUAUUGGUAUUUUACCAGAUGAUGAUGAUACACCAAUUGCAGAUAUUAUCAGCUCUGUUACUGAAAGUGAGGAAUCAAAACAAAGACAAAAGAAUGAAACUCAAAGGCUUGUUGAAACAUUAACAAGGACUGCUGAUGAUGACGAUACACCAAUAGACAAACAUCAAAGAGAAAAAGCUUUUGAAUGUACUGAAACUAAUGACAACUCAUCUAAAAUUGUACCAAACCAUUUAUAUAGUAAUUAUAACAACUUUGAUUGCUUCUCAACGCCAAACUUUGCAUCAGUUACUUUCUGGGAAGCUCAAAAACAGGAUAUGAUGAAAGGAGCCACAAAGAAAUCAGAUAGUGAGGGUCUGAUACCAAGUGCAGGACAUACCUUUAUAAGCUCUAACACAUCUGGUGUUUACAAACGAAACUCUAACAAUAGAGAACGCUCACUUAAACUUAAAAAGUACAAACAUAACAAGUAUGACUUUACUUACAAAGAUUUUGAUGUAAAGAAUAAGGAAUAUGAAACUACUUCUAUUCAUGAUUUCAAUUGGGAAGAAAAUGCAUUCUCUUUAUUGAGUAGAUUUUACUAUGGUGCUGCUGAUUUAUUAGAUACUGAGUUUGAGUUUAUUUAUAACAUGACAGAUAAUAGAUGUUAUGAUAUCAAGGAUGUAGAUACGACUUCAUUCAGAGCUGCUAUAUGGUGUUAUGUUCACAGACUAUUUGGUGUGUCUCAUGAUGAUUUCAAUUAUGAAAAGGUCAACAAGCUUCUUAAUAUUGAUCUUAAAAAGUACAUCAAGACUGUUGUUUGCUAUCCAGAAAGAUGUACCAAGGAGCAAUUUGUAAAUACUGGUGUGAAAUUAAGAACGAGGGAAAAAAUUCACAUUUGUUUAUUAGCAAUCGAAGCAAGAAAGCAAGUUGAGAUAAUCUAUGGAUUAAGGUCAAUUAAUAAUUUCAUGCAAUAAAAUUUAUAUUGUAC